UUACCGGAAGCCGCCAUUUUGGUCAUUCAACUAAACAUGGCGGACUACGAGUUCACCUUCGACGGUGUGAAGCAGUUUAUCGCCGAUAGAGGCGGCAGAGUGCGUAAUGUCGAACUUGUAACGCACUUCAGACAACACCUGAAUGAUCCUGCUAGAAAAGCGGAAGCCCGGGAGCAGUUUAAGGACUUUGUGAACAACGUGGCAGUGAUCAGGCAAGAAGAGGGAGAGAAGUUCCUAGUACUGAAGAAGAAGUAUCGAGAGCCCACGGCACAGGUGUCACGAGUCCGCCCUCUAGCCGUGGAAGAGCUUGAGUACACAGGAGAGGAACCUCAGAACAACAUCCCAUACCAGCCUCCAGACCAACCAUCCAGCUAUCUGGCUUUUCAAGAACCCCCCUUACCCCCUCCUCCUGGACUUGCUAGUCCUGUGAGAAGAGACUGGGAUGUUCCAGCACCACCAGCUGAGCAUGAAGCGGGCUGGCAGCCGCCCUACCAACAACCAGAUCUAGUCCGCCGGCAGCCAUCUUUCAACGACUACAACCAACAACAACCUUAUGACGAACCAGAGAUAAUUCGCAGACAGCCAUCGUUUAACCAACCACCGAGUCCCUAUGAGCGUAACGACGAACCAUUACCAGUAAACCGUCAGUCUUCCUUUAAAGAACCAGUGUCGGUGGCUCGUAAACCUUCCUUUGAAAAAGCAAUCACACACAACCAGUUUCCACCUCAUGAACCGCCACCUUCACCUUUAGACGAUGCACACUCCCCUACUUUCAAACGACCCUCCCCUCCCGCCCAGAGUCAAAAUGGUGGCCCCAAGUCAGAGCUGCAGCUUCCCAGGAGUGACUCUUCCUCCAGAAUGGAGACAGGGUCCUCCCGCAGUGACACAGUCUCCAUUAGGAGUGACACGGCAUCCAUAUCUGAGAAGGGUGAAGCAGAGGAUGAUGGGUACGGCUCCAAUGUGUCAUCAGUUGCUAAGAGAGUUCAUUUUGCUGAGUACGAUGAGUACCUUAUUCUGCACCAAGACUUUGUGCCUUCUUCACAGUUAUACUAUCAUCACACCCAUAGACCACAACUUAUGCUGGAUGUUCUGGAGAAAGAGUGGAUGUUGAAGGCAGCUGUGGGCAAUGUGUCUGCACUCAGGAGGCUGCUAUCUCAGGACCCCAACCUCGCCUCCAAAAAGGCUCUGUGGUGUUUACAUAGAGGGAUGGAGAUAAGGCGUGGGUUACCAGGAUACAGAAAUGUUGUCUGUCACCCCCACACAGUCUGUUACCAUGGUAACCACACAGAAGGUCCAAACAUGUGGCAGAGUCCUGAGAGGAGAGGAGAGGCAGGGGAGGUUUUGUGACAGGCUGUAUGGCCU